GGAGAGCGGCAGCAACGACCCCUGGCUGUCUGUGACUGCGGGUAGCGCUUGCUUUACACUCCGUACAACAACAACAACAUCCUGGGCAAGGUGUCUGAUGCUGAGCCCUACGCCCUUCAGCCUCUCUCUUCAGCCGUAAGCCUGAAGAGAGGCUUCCCUGACUGCGCUGGUCCUCACUGCAGAAGCCAAUGGAUCAUGGUCUGUUUGAGAUGGAGGGCAACACAAUGUCACCGAUUCACUUUGACGGCUUCAAUCUCUGUGACAACUUGUCAAACUCGGAGGCCCUCACUGCCCAAACGCAAAACCUCAAUGAGACGCUUGCAAAAACGCUUCCUGUUCCCCAAAACGAUGAGGGAGGAACAUGCAGCCUCGUCCAGAAACCCUCUCUGGACAACAAUGAGGAGGAGGAGGAAGCAGGGAUAGGGGGAUACUCACUAGGAAGCAGAGACGUGAAUGAGGAGGAAGAUGUGGAUGAAGUGAUGAAGGAAGAAGAGGAAGAGGAGGAGGAAUCUGAGGCGUCAAGUUCUUUGAUAUGCUGCCAAUCUCCAGACAAUCUCAUGACUGAUUCCUCUUAUUCGGAGACAGGCAGUCUGUUGGAAACUCCAUUUCUCUUCAGCCCCGGGAACAGUCCAGAACCUGCAUCCCCCGUCAUCCCAGUCAUCAGUCCAGAAACUUUACAUCCCAUUAAUUCACUGGAACUGAGUCAAAGCAGAGAGGAAGUCAUUUCCAGUUCCACCAGCUCUGGGUUGGUCUCAGCCGCAGUGGAGUCGGCCAUCUGCAGUCAAGCGGCUACAUUUACCACAAAGACAGUGGGUUUAACCUCAGACACUCAGCUUGAUGGCUCUUCUGGGACCAGAUGCAACACAGUCGCCUCUGAUGCAACAUUAAAACACUCCUGUCCAGAACAGCUUACCUCUUCCAAGGAUCCGGUCUCCAACUGUGGGCCUGCUUUGACUGGAGUGACCAGCAGCUCAAAUGCUGGAUCGGUCACCAACAGGGAACCCUCUGCCUUCACUACAGGAAGUCAUACCACAGCCAUGUCCUUAAAUCAGGAACAGUUUACCUCCAGUCCAGCCGCUGAUUAUUCUUCAGUCUUGACCUCGUCAACAGGGUCUGCUUUAAGCCCAACUCUCCUGGCGUCUCUGGAACAGAUGGCAGAAAGAGAUGAUGAUGCCCACCUUCCUCAGUACCUUCACCAGAUUGCAGAGACCUUCGUCCUUCAGAAAGACUACCAGCGAGCGUUGUUGUUUAUCCAGCUAGAGCAGCUUUACCACCAGAGAGUGUUGGAAAACCUGAACGCACUUCAACAGCAGUGGGUGAGUCACUGUGGAGGAGCGUCCCCUGAGCUGGCAGCCACACACCUGGACUCUCUGAAACACAUCUGCCAGACACACUCCAGGCCCAGGACACGAGAUGCUGAGGUUGCUCUUUUGAACAAUUUGAGCCUUCAGUUUGGCGGAGGGGUUUCCCGCCCUUCAUGUAUCUCAGCCCAUCAGGCUAAAGGAGGGAUGGAGCAGAGAGACGAGGAUUCAUCCUGUCCUCUUGCGCUUUCUGACAAUUUGAUUAAAAGGCUCAGUCCACCUGAAACAAAGCGGAAACCCCCGAAUGGAAACUCACAGAGGACGUCUUAUGGUUCCGAUCAGACUCGAAGGCAAGCUGAAGACAGAGAGGUAGAGGGAGGGGUAGAGCGCGCCGCUUCAGCUCGGGGAAACGGGCCGCACCCCUCCGCGGCUGGGGGAAUGGAUCGCUCCAGCUCCGCAGAGCAGCAGGAGGAGGAUUUAGGUCUGGUUCGGGAAGCAGAGGCGAAGGAGGAGGAAGAGGAGGAGGAUGGCAGUGAGGUGGAGGAGGCAGCAGAGGCUCUGGAGAUGGAAGACGAGGGGACGGAGGACGACGGCGAGAACAAGCAGAGCGAGCCGGACGCUCAUUUGAGUCAGGAACCUCCCAAAGUGGAGACUCUGGUCAGUGGGGCAGAGCUGCAGCUGCACAGCGAGAAGCUACACCUUCACCAGUACACUCAGGAGAACUCUGAGAGCUGCCUGAGCGAGGAGGUGCUCCCUCCCCAGGAGGCCGAGUUGGAGCAGCAAGAACAAUAUCAAGAAGAGAGGGAGGAAGAGGAGGACUACGACUUCAUCAGGAGAGCUUCUUCCUUAGACGAAAUGGCGAAGCUCAUCACGGUGGAGGAGAUGUCCCCGGCCGCUGGACUUGUCUCCAUCUUGAAGAAGCAAAGUGUGUAUGUGGACAGCCUGACUACGUCUGCCGAACCAGAACCCACACCGGAGAAACCCACCGCCAAGAGACGCGUCCGCUUCAAAGUUCCCGAUGAUACCUACGACCACGAAGUUGGCGGUGGAGACUCCUGUCUGCUGCUCUUCCUCCUCUGUCUGGUUACCGUCGUCAUCAGUGUUGGCGGCACCGCCCUCUACUGCGCUCUGGGGGACGCCCAGUCCUCCGUCUGCCAGGACUUCUCCAGAAACGCAGACUUUUACUUCGGCCAGAUCCGUCGGGGGAUAACCCGGCUGCAGCACUGGUAUUCCUCGGGGUUGUAGCAGAAAUCCUCUGGUGGGUGUUGAGCUAACGUUCCUCGUGAAGAGUUUACUGCCAUUUAUUGAGUGGCUAGUCGUCUCCUUCGGAUGCAUUUGGCGUUUUCAGAUGUGCAAUGUCGAUGCUCUGCGAACACAAUUCCAGUGCACCUUUAAAAAGUAUAUUUCAGAUGCCCGUUCACGGAGAUUUCUGAAGAAAAACUAAAACACUUAACUUGUGAUGUCUUAAUUUUUGUAUGACAGAAAAUCUGUCAGCUUUCUUACUUUGUUGGUCAAAAUUAAACAAAGUCUUAUGUGCACAAAUGUUGCUGAGAGAAGUUUAAUACCUCAGCUUCAAACAAAUUUACAACCAGAUGCAUAAAAUAAUGUCUGAUUUAAUCUCAUUAGAUGUUUUGUAAUUGGUGCAACAAAAGGUGUUGCUUUUACUGUUGUUUUUAAAAGAGAAAAUGUAUCUUGAGAGAUAAAACUUUGCAUCUGUCUGCUACUUUGAAUGAAAUCAGUUUGUCCUAAGUGUAUCUUAAAAAUACAAACGAAUGUUUGGAGCUGAAUUAUGAACUUUGCUUUAGACAUUUUUAAAAAUCAUAGUGAAAUGUUAUUAUUAAUUACCAUCUGUGAAUUGCUAAUGGCGUACAAUCAUGUUAUAUUUGUCCUACGUUGGUGAAAAGAAAAAUUAAAAAUGGUGUAAAAUAACUCAUUUUAGCUUUUUCGUUGCAUUUGCAAUGAGCAGCUCCCUGUUGUUUGAUGCGACUCAGCGCCAUGUUUUAACUCUCUGUGGGUUUCACUGAGCAGGAUCUGGUUUUCUGUAGCAUAUUUAAAACGUAGAGAAAACGGUGCACGUCUGCACGUGCUGUCGAAUGAUUGUUUAUCAUGUUGCACACGAGAACGGUACUUUUUAAGAAAAUAUUUUUGAAGAUUUUGCAAUAUUUCUACAGGCAUUUCUUUCUGUUAGGAGUCGACAUCGUCAGAUAGCCGUUUGUUUGCACAGACCACUUCAACAGAAAAUUCAUGAACUACUUAAGUGUUUGUGUCAAAAUAUGAAAUGUUUUAUCGAUGAGAAACAAAAAAAUAUAUAUUAACGUUAUUUACGUGGUGUAGAUAAUCGAUGCAGGACCACAUGAAGCUCUAUCUGCCUGUGUGUUUGUUCUUUCAGGGAAUUCUGGGAAUUAAUCCGCUAAAACAUCCGGUUUGUUCUGGUAGAUUUUCCCAAAAAUAAUUUUAGGAAAUCAGAAUGACUUUCCACCACUUGGUCUUCCAUAUAUAACACAGAUUUUGUUCUUUAUUUAUUAUCUUUGUAAACCUUAGUUUUGUCUCGUUGAGGUGAUUAAGUAGCCUAAUAACCUCUUUCGAUUCAAGUCUAAGGCGUAAAUUUGUUUUUGCAAUGAAUUGCAUUGGUUUUUUUGUUUUUGUGGAGAAUGAAUUAAUAAAACAUACCAGUGAAAAUCCUCAAAAGUGGACAAACGUCUGUAAAAGAGGGAAUAUGAACGUUUCUCUAAUCUUAAAGGGCUCAUAUCGUCUAUUAUUUAACUUUGGUUUUCAGGGUCAUUUCCAUAAUUGAAAUGUCCAAAAUAUGGAAGAGAAAAAACAAGAAGCUGCACAUAACAAACCUUGUUAAAGUUUGCUUUCUUUGCUGUUACCAGACAUGGACAGAGUACCAAACAUUUUACUUAAAGUUUAUUUAUAUUGCACAUAUACAACAACGUCAGCUGAACAAAUACUUUACAACAAACACAUCACAAGUAUAUAAAUGAUUACAUUGAAAAUAACAUUUCAGUUUAGUAAAAAUAAUACAAUUAUAAAAUUGACAAAAAUACCAAAAGCCAACACAAUACAUAACUUUAGCCCCAGUGAUUUUAACUUUUCUCUUUAAUUGGUGCUGAAGGCCAAGAAAAUGGAGUAGCACGACUUUGACAUAUUUCUAACCAGGCAAAAGUAGAAUCUGGUUCAAAAUAAAAUAAACAAUUAGAGCAAAAUCUAGACUUAUUUCAUGUGACUGAGGUCAAACUGCUGUGUUCGCAGCCAAACAGACUUUAACAAUAAACUGGAAGAAGAGCUAAAAGGAAAUAAACAAUUUUUAAAAAAUCUUAAGAAAGAAGUGGCAACAAUGUAUCCACAAGUUAUUAUAAACUAACCACUACUAUAAUAAUUAUUAUUAUUUUAAAAACAAAGUCAAUGCCACAUCCAAAAGUAACAAGAAAAACUAAAAUUAAGUCCAAUUUAUGUUCAGUAGUCCAAAUAAAUGUUUUUUUCUUCUGUCCAUUCAACAGCAGAAAUUUAAAGAUGCUAUUCUUUGGCCAAACCGAAGGGUGGCGCUGUUCGCCACAAUAAGGAUGUAUUUUAUUUUAAUGACAUACAUCCUUAUUAAAGGAUAGAAAAUAGAGUAGCACGACUUUUAACCAGGCAAAAGUAAAAGUUACAUUCAAGAGUAUAAAAGUAUUUGGUAAGAAAUCUGCUCAAGAACUGAGUAGCUGAUCAAAGCACCAAUAAUUUAACAUUUAAAAUUCACAUCAUUAGAUGAUCAAAGUAUUACUACAAAAAAAAAGGUGUUUUAUGGACCGAAAUGAAAUGAAUUUGCAUAAGUUACAAAAUGAGGCAAAAGAAACGUUUUACCAAAUUAAUUUCUUUCGUUAUAAAACUGAUUAAACUUUAAUAAAAACGACAAAUCUCUGUCUGGUUUUGGUUAAAACAAACUUGGUCUUUAUUCAGUGAAGUUUAUUCAGAAACUUUACUCAAGUAAGAGUAGAGAUACUUCAUUCUGAAAUCACUCAAGUCAAAGUAAAAAGUACAGCAGAGUAAAACUACUCUUUAAAGUAUUUUAUUCCCCUAAAAGUUACUGAUGUAAAUGUAACUAGUUCUACCAAACUCAUCAUCCAUAUUUGGUAAAGCCUUCCUGUUUUAGGCUCUUGUUGUUUCAGAAAAACAGUUUUAAAUUUAUUUGCCUGCUUUGAAAAGCCAAAUUGAAUUAAUAUUUUUAAAUAUGUUUUCAGUCUCUGAACUGUGAUGAUAUUUUCCCUCUAAGGAUAAAAGAGUAUUAUGUUUGUUUCCGUGAAUCUGAUCAUCUGUUUGAGGAUUUUCCUGGAUUUAACGAGUUGUUGAUGCAUUGAUGUUUUCAUUUGCACAUGUCAGCUGCUGGUUCAGAUGACAAUCACAAAAAACACGACUUUUAUUUAACCUUUCAAAUGAUUUGUAAUUAUUUAUGAUACAAGGGAAAUAGUUUUAAAAAGUUUUAAAAAGGCAGAUCCAUCCUGUGGUUUGUGUUUGAUCUCUUCAGAUGUCUGGUGUAGUUUCUUUUAUAUAUAUUUUUUUUUUUGGCUGAUCUGUUUCUUCUGUCCUAUUAGAUAUAUUUGAUUUAAACCCUGUGAGUUUCUAUCAAUGCUGUCUUUAUCAUCUGCAUGGAAAUUGUAAAAUUAUUCAAGUGUUUUUGCUUCAUCCGAAAGUAUUGUACCUGUUUUUAUUUCUUUUUUUAAGUGUAUCAUUGCUCUGACGAACAAUUUUCAAGCAUCAUUUUAUGAACUGACUUUUUUCCUGAGUCAUAAAUUUGGUUUUAUAAAACAAGUUUUCUUUAUCAUGUCUCAUUAAAAUCUGUUUUCUUUGGGAA